AUGAGGUCCUCCAUGUCUCGGCAGACAUACUCCACCAAAGGGGGCUUCAGCUCCAACUCUGCCUGUGGAGGGGGUGGAUCCCGGACACGCACCAGCUUCAGCUCAGUGACCAUGUCCCGAAGCAGUGGCAGUGGCGGGGGGGCCCGCUGCAAACCCAGUGUAGGUGGCUUUGGCAGCCGGAGCCUGUAUAACUUGGGGGGCAGCAAGAGCAUCUCAGUCAGUGUGGCUGGAAGGGCCUCCUCAGGGAGGGCUCUGGGGGGCUUUGGCCUCAGUGGUGGGGCCUAUAUGGGUCUAGGGGCUGGCAGGCAGACAUUUGGGCCCACCUGCCCUCCUGGUGGGAUCCAGGAGGUCAUGGUCAACCAGAGCCUGCUGACUCCCCUCAACGUGGAGAUAGACCGGGAGAUCCAGCGGGUGCGCACCCAGGAGCGGGAGCAGAUCAAAACCCUCAACAACAAGUUUGCUUCCUUCAUCGACAAGGUGCGCUUCCUGGAGCAGCAAAACAAGGUGCUAGAGACCAAGUGGGCACUACUGCAAGAGCAGGGCCAGAACACAGGUGUCACCAGGAACAACUUGGAGCCCUUAUUGGAGUCCUACCUAAACAGACUGCGGAGGCAGCUGGACAGCAUCCAGAGUGAGCGGGGAAGGCUGGACUCCGAGCAGAGGAACCUGCAUGAUCUUGUCAAGGACUUCAAGAACAAGUACGAUGAUGAAAUCAAUAAGCGCACUGCUGCAGAGAACGAGUUUGUCCUGCUCAAGAAGGAUGUAGAUGCUGCAUACAUGGGCCAAAUGGAUCUGCAAAGCAAAACGGACACCUUGAUGCAGGAGAUUGACUUUUUGCGACAUCUCUAUGAAAUGGAGUUGAGCCAAGUGCAGACCCACGUAUCUGACACCAAUGUGAUCCUGUCCAUGGACAACAACCGCAACUUGGACCUGGACAGCAUCAUCGCCGAGGUCAAAGCCCAGUAUGAGCUGAUUGCUCAGAGGAGCCGGGCUGAGGCUGAGGCCUGGUAUCAGACCAAGUAUGAGGAGCUGCAGGUGACGGCUGGCAAGCACGGGGACAGCCUGCGGGACACCAAGAAUGAGAUUGCUGAGCUCACCCGUACUGUUCAGAGGCUGCAGGGUGAGGUGGAUGCAACCAAAAAGCAGUGCCAGCAGCUGCAGACAGACAUCACAGAAGCAGAGCAGCGUGGGGAGCUGGCGCUCAAGGAUGCUCAGAAGAAGUUUAGAGACAUGGAUGUGGCCCUGCAUCAGGCUAAAGAGGACCUGGCAAGGCUGUUGCGUGACUACCAGGCCUUGAUGAAUGUCAAGCUGGCCCUGGACAUGGAGAUCGCCACCUACCGUACCCUCCUGGAGGGCGAGGAGAGUCGGAUGUCUGGAGAAUGUCAGAGUGCAGUUAGCAUUUCUGUGACUGGCAACUCUACCACUGUGAGCGGAGGUGGCUCAGCUGGCAUCGGGGGAGGUAUCUCCCGGGGUGGGGGUGGGGGAGGCAUCAAAGGUGGUUUCAGCACCAGUGUGGGCUACUGCUCUACCAAGGGGGGCACUGUCUCUGGGGGCACCUCUGUCCUGCGGAAGACCACCACACUCAAGAUGUCGAACCAGAAGUAUUAG